AUGUCUAAACCCCAGCUUGUUUUCGUCCCUGGGUCAGCGCACGUUCCUGCGCACAUGGCCCCGUUGAUGGAAAAAAUGAAAUCCUUCGGCUACACGAGCCACUGCCGCCAGAUGGCCUCCGUCGACAACCCUAACCCACCCGAAGAUCUAUCUCAAGAUAUCGCAGUCUUGCGCUCACUGGUCGAAGAAGCUAUUGGAGACGGCAACGAUGUAAUCGUGCUACCGCAUAGCUGGGCCGGCAUCGUGGCCGGCUCUGCAUUAGUCGGAAUGAGUAAGAAGGAGCGGGAAGCGGCGGGCAAAAAAGGCGGGGUUAUAAGGACUGGUUACAUUGCCGCGUUCCUCUUGCCUGAAGGAGUCGGUCUCUUGGAUCUUUCACAAGGCAAACCGGCUGACUGGAUCACACGUGAGGGGAAUCAGUUGAUCUACACUGACCCCGAGGCCUUUUACAAUGAUGUCCCUGAAAAAGAAUCCAAGCACUGGUUUUCGCUCGUCAAAACCCACGCUGCGGGGUCCAUCGCGGCCAAGGCGACGGGUGCGGCAUGGAAAGUCAUCCCCACAAGCUAUCUGCUUUGUGAAGAGGACCUCGCGAUUCCUUCGGAGAGACAGGAGGAGAUGAUUCGGGAUGCUAAGGCGGUGGGCGCCGAGGUUGAUGUAACCAGGAUCAAGUCCAGUCACAGCCCCUUCCUUAGCAAGAUAGACGAAACUGCUCAAUGGAUUCGCCGUGUUGCAGGCGAGAAAGUCUAA